AUGCAGUUUGUGAAACUCCUAACCCAUCUUGGCUUGCUGGCGGCCGUUCAGGCACGUACUUUGACCCCGAUCCCCGUGCGUCAAAUAAGCACUCCGGGUCCAGCGCAGGAUCCCCAGUAUGUCAAGGUGAAAGGAAUCAGCGUUCUUGGCAGCGGUUGCCCCCCUGGCUCCGCUGAUGUGCAAAUCGAUGCCACCGGAACACUCUUUGAAGUCACCUUCUCGGCGUAUGAGGUGCAGACUGGGCCUGACACCAAGCCAGCUGAUUGGCGCAAGAACUGCAAGUUGACCAUUAACAUGGAGUUUACCUCUGGAUUCCAAUUCUCCGUCAUUGACACUGACAUGAUCGGCUUUGCCGAGAUCCCGGCGGGAGUCAGUGGCCAGUGUAUCAACACGUACUCCUUCACCGGCAACGGCGCGGAGCACGUCGACUACAAGAUUCCUCUUGAUGGGCCCUAUAGCGGUAACUUUGACUUGCAGUCGCGACCUGGCAUUUACUCGUGGUCGCCUUGCGGCGGCAGCACUGCCAUCCUCAACAUGAACACUGCCUGCAACAUCUCCCCCACCGGCAAACCGGCACUCAUUGCUGUUGAUCACAUCAGUGGCAAGCUUACUGUAGAGUUCCAUAUUGAGUGGCGACCUUGCCCCAAGGUUUGAGAAGAUGACGUUUCUCCUGCUCUCAAGGAAACUCGUUUGCGCAACAGUGCCACUAUUUAGCCGAAUGGUAACUAUACUAGAUAGAAGAAUAUAUUUCCUUGAGGGCAUUAUCGAAGUAAACAGAGUGACUAGUUGUACCCAGUCUUUCUGCAGGUUACCAAAAACUACUCUACAGAAACUGUGUUUGAGAGUAGUUUUACACGUCAUAGCCGGGAUUGAGCCUACCUGCGACUGUCAUGGUACGCCGUUUUUCACAGCAAUUAAUUGCAUUAUUUUAAAUGGCUCUUAAAAUUAGACAGGAAAAUUAAC